CUUUGUAUGAACUCUAUGUCUUUCAGGACAGCAGACAUUGCUCUCAUUGGGCUAGCAGUUAUGGGGCAGAAUCUAAUUCUGAACAUGAAUGACCAUGGCUUUGUCGUGUGCGCCUAUAACCGCACCGUGGACAAAGUCAAGUCCUUCCUCGAGAAUGAAGCCAAGGGUACAAAAGUUAUAGGUGCCUACAGUUUGAAGGAAAUGGUGAGCAAGCUGAAGACUCCAAGAAUAGUAAUGUUGUUGGUUAAAGCUGGCACAGCAGUGGAUGCCUUUAUUGAACAAUUGUUGUCCCUUCUCUCCAAUGGGGAUAUUAUCAUCGACGGUGGUAAUUCGGAGUAUCAGGACACUGAAAGACGUACCAAGGAUCUGGAGCAGAAAGGCAUUCUCUUUGUGGGCAGUGGAGUAAGCGGAGGAGAAGAUGGUGCGAGAUAUGGACCCUCCUUGAUGCCUGGUGGCAAUCCCAAAGCAUGGCCGCAUAUCAAACCCAUUUUCCAAGCAAUAUGCGCAAAAGCUAACGGAGAGCCAUGCUGCGACUGGGUAGGUGAGACCGGCGCGGGACACUUCGUUAAGAUGGUGCACAACGGCAUCGAGUACGGUGACAUGCAGAUCAUCUGCGAGGCGUACCACCUGAUGCGUAGUGGCUUGCGGCUUACGCCGCAGGAGAUGAGCGCGGUGUUUAACGAAUGGAAUAAGGGUGAAUUGGACUCGUUUCUGAUCGAGAUCACGCGCGACAUCCUCCAGUAUAAGGAUGAGAAGGGCUAUCUGCUUGAGCGUAUCAGGGACACCGCCGGCCAGAAGGGCACCGGCAAGUGGACGGCGAUUGCCGCGCUGGAUUACGGCGUGCCGGUUACGCUGAUUGGCGAGUCGGUCUUCUCCAGGUGCCUGUCCGCAUUGAAGGACGAACGCGUGGAGGCGAGCGCAGUGCUGUCGGGCCCGGAUCCAGUGUACGAGGGCGAUAAGAAGCAGUUCCUCGAGCACUUGAGAAAGGCCUUGUACGUCGCGAAAAUUAUCUCGUACGCGCAGGGCUUCAUGUUGCUGAGAGAGGCCGCCAAGAUCCAUAAUUGGAACUUGAAUUAUGGUGGAAUAGCGUUGAUGUGGCGAGGCGGGUGUAUCAUUAGAAGCGCAUUCCUGGGAAAUAUAAAAGCGGCGUACGAUAAAAAUCCGAAAUUAUCCAACUUAUUGUUGGACGAGUUCUUCGCUAAGGCUAUGAACGUGUGCCAUCGGAGUGCCAGAAUAGUGGUGAGCGCUGCUGUGACGAUGGGUAUACCGACACCUGCUCUAUCGACGGCUUUGGCUUUCUACGAUGGAUUCAGAACAGCGCGAUUACCGGCGAAUUUGCUGCAGGCCCAGCGCGACUACUUCGGCGCUCACACGUACGAACUGCUCGGUCAGGAAGGGAAGUUUGUUCACACGAACUGGACCGGACACGGCGGAAACGUAUCCGCUUCCACGUAUGACGCGUAAAACUCACAAAUUUACGCGGUAAUGUAACAAUGGUCAACAAUGUACAAACGAAUACACCAAAAGAAAUGCAAUACAAUGUGACAAAUACGGGCAAUUGAAUUACAAAUAAUUUAAACAUGUGACAUUAUUAUAAUACAUAGCUCUGACAUGACGAAGAAGCGUCUCGACAUGGGUCAUUUUAUAAUUAACAGACUAACUAUAUAACAUAAUUAAUAUAUUGUUAAUAAAAGAUAUGUUAUAUUCUCUUCAUCUUGUUAUGUAUAUAUAAAAAUAUAUAAUAUUUUUGUAAAAAUAUAUUUUUUUUAUAUUUUUAAAACAUUGUAGAGAUUUGUGAUAAAAAGAGUAUAUUUUUACGAAUGUUAAUUAACGAUAAUUAUUUCUAAAAAAAAGAUGAAAUCAAUAGUCGAAUCCAUCGAAAUUGUCACUGCUGAUUGGUUCUCUUGCUGUACUAAUUUCAUGAGAGACUCUCAUCACGGAGAUAAUAAAUUUUAAUUUGUAUACAUAGUUAUCUACAUAAUUAUUGCAAUUUAUUUAAAAAUAAGAAACUAAAUAGCGCGUUUGUGCUGUUUAAAAAAGAGAGUUUAUCUGUGCUGUUCUAGUCGGGUCUAUUUUAUUUUUUUAUUAAUGUUUUAUUUAAAAUUUUUUUCAAUCUCUUAUGUGGAAAUUGUUUACUUUUUAUUAUUGACUAAAAUAAUAAAACAGUAUAGGAAAUUCGAACAGAAUAGCAGGAAAUAAAAAUAACACACAUAUAUAUAUAUAUGCUGAAAAAAAGAAAUAAUAUGUAA